AUGGCGCUAGACCCAAGCGGAUGGGAUGCCAGACGCUCUGCUACUACUGGUCCUGUUUCUCCACCUUCUGCUUCAAGCGUCGCAGACGUGCACCUUGGCGACUACGCUACCACCACCGAAAUCAUCCAAGAGGCUUCCUCUCCGGCGACCAUGGCGAUCGGUCUCGAGGUAGUCGUUGGCUCGAUCGAGGCUUUAUCCUGUGCACUCUUCUCGUAUUACGUCUCUUCUCUAUUUCGACGUGCUCCCCUGAACAUGGUAGGCAUCUACUCCGAGCAGGUGCCUGUGGACGACGUCCACGACGCCUUGAAAUAUCUCUACUCGCGAGACAGCAUGAUAUCCAUCGUCGCUUUUACCUCUCUCGCCUUGGCCACCUGGCAUCUUCGCAGACGGUUCUCCUCUUUCCUCAGUACGCGUGUCGACGCUGAGACUGCAAAGCAAGCCACCGUAGAAGCAGAAAAGGACGACGAGGGGGGAUCUUCCAAAGACGAAGAGGCUGGCACCGACGUUGAGACUACUUGCGGAGCUACCACGAGCUCUCCUCAACAAGCAAGUGAGGACGCCGGUACCGAACCAAGGGGGCGAGUGGGAAGGGGGCAUCAAGCUGCGCUGGAACGGAUCAUCACGCGAAAGAACCUGAAGAUCAAGGAGCUAAGGAAGAAGAUCAAAAAGGCGAAGCAGCAGCUCCACAGCGCAAACAAGAAGCUUAGCGAGGCAGAAGGUGUCGGGAAAACCGAGGCACAAGCUCAAGCGAGUGGAAAGCGCCGACGGCGACAUCCAGAGGGCAGACAUGUAGAUGGUAGGGCAAGGAGCGAAGAUGGCUAG